AUGACUGAUCAUUAUCAGAGUAAACUUCCCGAUAUUGGCCACCUGGCAACAUGGAGCGUAUCAAGUUAUAAAUAUGGAUUUAAUGUGGACUGUUUGCGAGAUGACGAUCCGGAAACAUUCUGGCAGUAUGUGGUCCAACACGUACACCGAUUCCAUAAAAAGGUCGCUGUUCAGAAAAUCGCCAUAUUACUCAAGUUUGACCAGGACGAUUCCUACACGCCCGUUCGACUCGCCAUUCGAGCCGGCAUGAGCUUGAAUGACCUCCAAGAAGUACGCUACGUUGGAUUCGAAAAGCCCAACGAAUGGCUUGAUUUCGAUGUAUCAAUGGAUCUCUCAGACGAUGGCACCAAUGCGCAAGUCCCCGAAUUGCCUAUUGGACUUCUGGCCCUAAUGAAUUUCCCAGGCGCCCGUUACAUUGCUAUGCAAUCCAAAUCGUGGUUGCGGCCAACUACAUGA